AACUAAUUUAUCCAAGUAGAUGAAUAGCUCAGAAUAAUGAAACGACUUGUGCCGAUUUUAGUGGUGGAAAUAAUAGUUCUGUGUCGUCCUUUACCGACUCAGCAAAGGCAAUUUCCCAUUGUGAAAAACAAUGGAUGUGCCGCCAUUAAAAAUUCGGUUGACCCACCCAUAUUUGAUGGUAACUUUUGGAUAAUAACCAGGUGGUUGAAAUACCAGAAUACAAAACCCUUCGAAUGUUUUCGGGAACAUUAUUCACCGGAUAUGCCUCUGGCGACUCGACAAAGUGUUUUUCUGGAAACCGACAAUAAAAAUUAUGCCGUUCACUUAACUUGUUUGGGCGCAGAUUCGUCUGAAGAAAGUGAUGAAAUGGCCAAUUAUUUGGUUCAGACCUACGCCAUUGACAGAAGGCCCUCAGUUAGAAUAAUGAAGAAAAUUCUGCAGACGCACAAAAGGCACGGCUUGGAUAUGAAGUUUCUAAAAUGUUGCGUGUAAAUAUAUUGGAAAAAAUUAUUUAUUUCCAUUGAAAAAAGUGGUCUCUAGCCAAAACUAUACUACGAAAUAUCAUGCUAAUUGAAAAUUUUAA